GUCACUGGGAUCUCUCAUCAUCCUAAAAGGAAGAUGCUCUUGCCACCUCAGGUUACAGAAGUGCUUGCUGAUGCCAGGGUUUGGUGUAACUGGCUGAGGUCCCACGGCAAAAGGUAGACCUGAAGCUCAAAUCUCGUCAGUCUGAAUCUCGGCCUUUCUCUUAGCCUCCAUGGCCUAUAGUCAUUCUCUUGCGUCUAGCGCAUGUUCAGGAGCAGGCCAAGGAGGGGAACCCUUCAGGUGUAAGGGACAAUGGUUACAAACGAGAUGACAAACAGUACCUGGUGGCAUACUCAUGCUGUCUUAGCACUUGGGAAGUCCAGGAAGAGUGUCAGUUUGAGGCCAGUCUGGGCUACAUUUUGAGUCCAAGGCCGGUCUGAACUACAAGGUAAAACCAAGUCCAACAAAACAACUUCCAGCUGACCUCAUUGUGAGGCAGUGAUCAUGACCUGUGGUCUGGGAAUGUCCCACUGGCUGAGGGUAGAUUGCCCAAAUGACAGGGAAAAACAAAAAAACAAAAAACAAACAAACAAACAAAAAAACCUCUUCACCAUUAUAAAGACAGUCUGGAAAACAGGGUUGUCAGGCCCCAAGUGCACCCAAUUGUCCCACAGGCCAUUCACAUUUAUGGAAAGAAACCUGAACCAGCAAAGGAAUGUGGCUAGUAAUGUCAGCUAGCAUGACCAGUGUCCCCUGCAAUUCUUACCCUUUCUGAAGCAAUUUCUCAUUCAAAAGCUUUACCCAGUUUGUGGAGUUGAAAGUGUGCCGUGUGGAGGCUAGCGUUCUGGAUGUGUCUGGAUCUACCCCAGGAGGCUAGCAGCCAUGGGCUACAGGGUGUCCCACAGUUUCCCAGGGUACAUGGAAGGGCCCGACUCACUGCCGACCCUCGGUGAAUUGGAGUUUACUGUGGUGACAUUUUUCAUGGUCUCACUCUUCAGCGCCCAUCUCAAGGAAACUUUGGUGAAUAUUAUCUUAGCCGUUGGAUGGAGAUGAAGACACAGGGUUAGAAAGCUCUCGCAAAAAGGAAAUAUUUUUGAAGCGUGACUCAUGUGUUUAAGACUCUUACUAAAUUCAAGGAAAAGUGUUUUUCUUUUGAUAGUAAAAGAGACUCACAAAGCAUGUACUGUUCUUUCCCUUGACCAAAAGAAAAAAAAAAAGAAAAAGAAAAAGAGAAAGAAGUCCACACCUGAGGACGGGGAAAGGAAUGACUGAAAGAGAAGUGUGAACCAGAAAUGCUGUCAGGUUUUUUGUUGACUUAUUUUGCUAGGGGAACUAAACAGUUAGAAAAUAUAGUUUUCUUGUGGUCCCAGGAGUCAGUAUUAUUCCCCUAUAAAAAUAAGGUAUUUGUGGUGUUGCGGCAAGGGCUUGCAAGCCGGGAGCAGCAGGAAGGAGAAACCGAUCUUUGGGAACUGAGUGCCGUCGUCAUCCAUUCCCGUCCAUCUCACUCUGUCUUUGGAGGAUGCCACUUGCUGAUCUGCCCCAUAGAAAAAUGGAACCUGGCGACGAAUUACAUCAUUUGCACCAGUGUCUUGACGGAGCCAAUGGACAACUUCAAAGUUGAUAAGACUUCAUCGUCUAUUAUCUCUUACAUAUUUUUAAAAUCUAUUUUAUGUGCAUUGGUGUUUGGCCUGCACAUAUGUCUGUGUGGGGGUGUUAGAUCUUGGAGUUACGGACUGUUGUGAGCUGCUAUGUGGGUGCUGGGAACUGAACCCAGGUCCUCUGGAAGAGCAGUCAGUGCUCUUACCUGCUGAGCCAUUUCUCUGUCUCUUGUUGCUUCUGUUUUUAAUAUAGUAGUCUAUAAAAUGCUAUACAAACUCCCCUGGGCCUCUGAAAAUGGGGAAAAGACCAGCAGAGGGGUUUAUGUUGCGGGGCGGGUUAUUUUUGUGCUUCAGUGUAAAAUAAACUUGACCCCAAAUAACCUUGAGCGUCCCAACAGAAAUCGAAGGUCCUGCCUUGUGAUUUUAAAACACAUUUGAGAUAAGAAUAAGAUCUCGAGAGGCUGAUAAGGCAUGCAGCAAAAUUACACAUAAAUUUCAAACAAGUCAGCAAGUUAAAACUUGAUGCGACUAAAUAGCUUUUCCCCAGGUAUACUCUUUAUAUCCCAAAGUAGAAAAAAAAAUUGCUAUCAAAGGAUUGUGAUAGUCAAGGUUUUAAUCCAAGGUAAAAGCUGUGUGUUUUCAUGCUGACGUUGUUGGUACCGGGACAAACAAACUUGUAUCUACUAGGGAUUCAGAUCUAGAAUCAAGGGGAAGAGACAAACAGGACACGGCCAAGUUCCUGUUUGUCAUGGGUGUUUUGAAUGAAAUGGGAACAUGUUUGUUUGCGAUUCUCCCUGUCAAGUCCUGCAGCAGUUUCCUGUGCCAGCUGCUGCACCUCUGUUUGCCGAACCACAGUGGAGUCCAAUUAAGCCUUCCACGUGCUUUGACACAGGGACCGAGGUUGCUAGGUGAACACCUGUGCCCACAGCACUUUGGUCCUGCGAAAGCUGGAGAGGACAGUUGGAAACCGGUCGAGCCGUGCUGCCUGCCGCCGCCCGAGGAUCUCAGGGAGCAAGAAUAUCUGAAUAUGAGUGGUAGAAACUGGAUAUUAAUGUCUACAACUUCACCCCAAAGCCUGGAAGAUGAAAUUCUGGGACGGCUUCUGAAAAUUCUAUUUGUUUUGUUUGUUGACUUAAUGUCCAUUAUAUAUGUCGUCAUAACUUCCUGAAAGCCUGACAUCGUUCACUCUGCAUGUUUCCAACUAAAUUCCAGUGAAUAAAGACCUACGUUUUAAUAUGAUGAGUGGCCUUAAGUCGGUGACAUACUAAUAUAUUCUAGAAACGAGACGUUAGGAUGAUCACAACAUACGAGUUUCUCAGUUCUUGAUGGCCUACAAAUAAGAUUCACAUGAAUUGAAGCGGGAGUCCUUUGUGUGGAACUUUCACACUGUUAAGAAUAAAAUAUUGUCCAGGCAUGGUGGCGCACACCUUUAGUCCCAGCACUUGGGAGGCAGAGGCAGGUGGACCUCUGUGAGUUCGAG